AUGAAAAUGAGUUGGAGAGGCAUUCUUUUUGUAUUAUCAAGUAUCGUAAGCGCGGUAACUGCGAUUUCAGCGCUGAACCGAAAUUCUGUAUUUGACAUAUAUUCUGAUAGCAUUGCACCAAUCGAAGUCGUUGGGAGGAAAUUUUACAACUCUAGAACUGGAAAUCAGUUCUUUUUGAGAGGUGUUGCGUACCAACCAACGAUAGCGUCAGAAUCUUGGAAUCCUGAAAUAUUAAAUUCGGAGACCAACUAUAUCGAUCCUCUGGCAGAACCAUCUCUAUGCCUUAGAGAUCUCCCAUUCUUCGAAAAAUUGGAUGUAAAUACAUUAAGAGUGUAUUCUAUCGAUACUAGAAAAAAUCAUGAUGUCUGCAUGGAAGCAUUAGCGAACAGUGGCAUUUACGUAUUGAUAGAUUUAUCUGAGCCAAAUCAUUCCAUCGAGAGAAAUCGACCAAGUUGGGAUAUCUCAAUUUUCGAAAGGUAUACCUCUGUAGUAGAUGUAAUGCAAAAAUAUUCAAACGUUCUUGGAUUCUUUGCAGGUAACGAGGUGACUAAUGAUGAAACGAAUACGAAUGCAUCUCCCUUUGUAAAAGCCGCCAUUAGAGAUGUAAAGCAAUAUAUCCAAGAAAAGAGUUAUAGACAGAUUCCUGUUGGAUAUUCUUCAAGUGAUGAUGCCACCACUAGAGAUUCUUUGGCAAAAUAUUUUGUCUGCGGUGGUGAAACUGCAGCUGAUUUCUAUGGUAUUAACAUGUACGAAUGGUGCGGUUAUUCGUCAUAUGCAACCAGUGGAUAUAGAGAACGAACUUUGGAGUUUGCCAACUAUCCUAUUCCUGUUUUCUUUUCAGAAUUUGGUUGUAAUAGUGUUAGACCAAGACCAUUCACUGAAGUUAGUGCCAUAUUUGGGCCCAAGAUGUCUCAAGUUUGGUCUGGUGGCCUAGCGUACAUGUAUUUUGAAGAGGAAAACGAAUACGGCUUAGUAAAGAUUGACGAAACCGGUUCAGUUCAUGAAUUGGAAGAUUUCAAAUAUUUACAAAAUGCUUAUAGAAACACUUCACCUUAUGGUAUCACUAAGGAAAAAUAUCUGCAAGAUAUUAGUUUCGCCAUUUCCACGCAGUCUGUUGAAUGUCCUAAUGAAGUGUCUGCCGCAAACACUCACACACCCUGGAAAGCAAAUGUGGAAAUACCACCAUCUCCCAAUGCCAAAAUAUGUCAAUGUUUGGAGCAAGUCUUACCAUGUCUUGUAUCACCAUUGAAUGGUUGGAAUUUUCAAGAUCAUUUUGAUUAUGCAUGUAGUCAAGUGGAUUGUUCAGAUAUUACCACUGAUGGCGAAAAGGGAAUUUACGGUGAAUUUUCAUACUGCUUGCCUGAACAAAAAUUAUCAUUAGAGAUCAGUAAAAUGUACCAUAUGAGAAACCACCCCACUGGAGUUUGUCCCAUGAGCAGCAAUAACGUCUAUUAUAAUGCGCAGAGUAUGAAUAUAACUGACCCCAUGUGUAUUGAAGUUUCCCACAGAUUGCAGGAAUUACAAAAGGCGGCAGACAGUAGAAAGACACCAGCAGUAAAAAAAUUAGUUAAACCCAAAAUGAAAAAUGCCAGUCAUACUAAACUUUUAUUAGAUACAGACUCUGGUUCUUCGGUAAAGUUUAAAUAUUCAGGAUAUGCAAUUCUACUCAUCUCCAUUAUAUUUGCCACUAUGGUCUUUUAG